AUGAAUGUUGCUCUCCUGUUAUUGGCUUUUAUGAUAGAUAUUACGAAGUCAACAGAAAGACAACAACAACAACAACAACAAUCACAAAAAUCCUGUGAAAUACAAGAAAUUCAUGGAAAAGGAGUGUCAAGCGGUUAUUUGACAUCUCCAAAUUAUCCAUUCAGCUAUCCGUCUAAUCAGGACUGCCUUUUCAAUAUAACUGCCUCCGCAAAUUUGGUAAUCCAUCUAACUUUCACCCAUUUUCAUCUGGAAGGACGUACGCUACGCUCUAAUCAAUGCCUUAAUGAUUAUCUAAUCGUUACCGUAGUGGAUCGUCAAGGACGUGAACAUGUUGGUGAACGCUUUUGUGGUAAUCAACUCCCUGAACCUUUACAUACCAUGCAAAAUUCAGUUUAUAUUCGUUUUCAUUCCUCACAUACGGAUGAAUACUCAGGUUUUCGACUACGUUAUCAAUUCUUGACAGAAGAUUAG